GUUCAUUGUCUGUGAUGCUUUGAAAAAGGAUGUGUAUUGGUUAGAUUACAAUGACUUGUGAAUCCACGUUGAGUACUAUUCAAGGGAUCGUAAAUCGAAGUGGAUCCCGCUGCUGAUAAGAAGUAUAUUGCAGCUUGAAUAUUUAGUCAGCUCGAGAAAGUUUACAUGGUAUCGGCCAAGACUCAAGAGACCACUACAUGCAGUUGAUUAUAGAUUAGCUUGGGAGGAUACUGGAUUGGUACAUUGGUACAUUGGUACUAAAUUGGAAGAUAUAAAGAAGUCCUGACUCCUAAGGUGGGAGCCAGUGCGUUAUCUGCUUUUUAAUUUGAUUGAGAAACCUUUCUAGGUAAUUCAUGAUUUACAAUAUGCUCCAAGUAUUUAAUCAGGCCAAUACCCAUUAUUUCCUUGCAGUUCAACUUGUUUAAUUAGUCAACCAUCAUAAUGCUUUUUUCCAAACCUAUAUUAGCUUCAAUUUUGCUUUCAUUAAUCACUUCAUCUCAAGCUGCACCUUUUUCAAAAAGAGAAGAUACCUCUGCUUUAAAAAAUGCUAGUUUACCAACAGUUAAAAUCUUUGGUACAGGUGGUACGAUUGCAUCAAGAGGUACUUCAGGUUCACAAACUGCUGGCUACUCGUUGGGUCUCACUGUUGCAGAUUUAGUUGAUUCAAUUCCUGAUUUAGCAAAUGCUGCAAAUAUUGAAUACAUCCAAGUUUCCAAUGUUGGUUCACCUUCUGUUAAUUAUACACAUCUAAUUCCUCUUCAUCAUAACAUUUCUGAAUCAUUGGAUAGUGAUGAAAUUGAUGGUGCUGUUGUCACACAUGGUACUGAUACUUUAGAAGAAACAGCAUUUUUCUUAGAUUUAACUAUUAAAUCAGAGAAACCAGUUUGUAUUGUUGGUGCAAUGAGGCCUGCAACCGCACUUUCUGCAGAUGGGUCAAUGAAUUUAUAUCAAGCUGUCAGUAUUGCAGGUUCCGAAGAAGCAAAGGGACGUGGAGCUCUAAUUCCAUUUAAUGAUCGUAUCAGUUCGGCUUUCUGGGCAACUAAAACAAAUGCAAAUACCUUGGAUACUUUUAAAGCUGUGGAACAAGGGUUUUUGGGUACCUUCUUGAACAAUGAUGUUGAAUUCUUUUACCCACCAGUCAGACCAAUUGGUUAUCACUAUUUUGAUAUUUCAAAUGUCACAGAUGCUUCAGAUAUUCCAGAAGUUGCCAUUCUGUACUCUCAUCAAGGUUUAGAUCCCGAAUUGGUGCGUUUUGUUGUUGAGGAAAGAGGUGCUAAAGGUAUCAUUUUAGCAGGUACCGGUGCCGGUGGUUGGACGUCAACAGGUUAUCCUGUUCUACAAGAAAUGAUUGAAAAGUAUAAUAUUCCAGUUGUUAGAUCAAGAAGAACUAUGGAUGGUUCAGUUCCAAACACUGGUUCACGGUCACAAUACAUUUCAUCUGGAUAUUUGAACCCUCAAAAAGCUAGAAUCAUGUUGCAACUAUGUUUGCAUGCUGGUUAUGAUAUCAGCCAAAUCAAAACUGUUUUCAGUGGUGUCUAUGGUGGUUAAACAUUACAGCCACAAAAAACUUUUCAUAAAGUGUUUUAGUUUUCUUUCUCGUGAUACAAGAAGACAGCUUCUUCUUUUUCAAGCCGUCUCACAUAUGUUUAACACAACCUUUUCCCUAAUCAAAGAUUAUUUAUUUAUUUGAAUAUCUUGCUUCAAAUGUAGAAAAUUUGGGUAGCUUAUAUUGUCCUAGAGUGGAACAGAACACCCUGUAUUUACAAGAGCUAAGUAUCCAAAAGUUGGAGUUCUUUGCAUAUAUUUGUCUAAAUAAUAUAGUUCACUGGAGAGUCAAGAUUGUUGGUUCACCUUAUUCAUCUCAAAAAAAAAUUGCUUAAAACCCUUAUAGUAUUUGAAACGUUUGGAGUGUUUCCCCUUGAUUUACAACCGCAUGUCAGAAUUUUUAGAUCCAAGUACAUGUUUUUUUUGACACAAAAACAG